GCAAGUGAUCUACAAAGGACUAAAAAACCCUAUGACGAAGGAACAGCUUGCCAAAUUGUGCAAGACAAUUGUAACCUUCAUCGCACAGACCACCCUGCAGAUCCUGCUGCCAGCCCUGGCCCGCGUACUUGGGGUAAAGGACUUUGCUGACGACGACACUGACUCACCCAAGAGGGGUGGCAGUGCAAGAUCCUUUGCUGCCUUUGAUCAGGAAAGACUGGAGCUCAUCCAGGAAGUUAGAUAUCUGGCGAAGAAAAUGUAUAAGGGCGGCACAGGGGCUCAACAUCUCAGGUCCCUAACACCCUCUUCUAAGAGUUCCCAGACCUCAGUGAAAGUCCUCCUGGGAAUGACAGAGGACAGAAUCAUCAAAAGUGUCCAGGAGCAACUGUCUGAUCAUAAUAUCCUGUCCUCUUGCCCACCUGAGCUGACUGUUGGUCUUAUCAAGGUGGUGGUCGAACAGCUUAACUCUGCCCUCUCUGCGACCAUCAGCAGAGCCAUUUCAGGGCGGUCCUCCCCUAUUUCUUCUGGUACCCAGGCCGCUGAACAAAUGGUCAACAUGGUCCAGAAAUGUUUUGAUGAUCACACCACCCCAGAGGACCAGAGCUCUACCUCUGUAUUAGAGUCAUGCAUUCCACCUGCAACAGAAGAAGUGAUGACUGUUAUCGCAGAGAUGGUGGGUGAAUUGGAAAAAGAAGACCCGGAAUUGGCUAAGGUUUUUCGAGAAGUGGCUGUGAAAGUUAAAAUGUUGGCAUCUGGCAGUGACCUUGUAGUGGAGCACCUGGAUGUUGAAGACUCUCCUGUUCCAGAGGAGCUGAACAUAAUAUGUACAUCUUGCAAAGCAAUGAUGCAAAAUCUUGGCACUCUGUUUAGUGUGAAGUUCAAGACCAAAGCCUCAAAGGCUGUGAGUGAAAUUCUUGUGAGAAGGUUAAUGAGCGAUAUCUCUGGUAUGGUUCAACCUUCUCAUUCGUUUAGUACCACUCCAAGCUUGAUGAAUGCAUCUAGCCCAUCUGACAGGAUCCUUGAUUCUGCGGCCACUGAGCUCAUACAGACCAAAGUAGAAUCUGAGGCAUCAAAAAUAAUUGAUAACUUUGUUGAAGAUGUCAAGGACAUUGUGCAGUAUGCUGAAUUAGAUCAGCCAACAAGCACCCAGAGAGAUACCCAAGUGGGACACUGUACGACAAAGCGGAAACCCUUCCAUGCAGCUCGUAGACUCUGCGAGAGACUUCAGGCAAAGCUGGAGACAUUGUUCCUCAGAAUGGGUGGAGCUCCAGUCCAAGGGGAAGAACUUAUGGAAAAAGCUGACUCCAGUGCUGUGCUUCUGGAGCAUACUGACUCCAGUGAUCUGCCUGUUUCAAUCCUGAGCUUGCCUUCCCCAUGUAGGAGUGAAUCCCCUAUAUCAGAACGUAGUUCAUCUUCUUUAUCUGAUGGAUGUGAUUCAACUGACUCUGUAGGAGAGAAAACACCAGAGCAACCUGAAACCAGUAAGAGUGAGGCAAUACUGCAAGUGGUCAACUCAACAGGACUUGGUUCUCUCCGUAAAUGCCAAAGUGAGAACUCUCAACCAUUACUGUCUCUCUGUGAUUCCAACAUGGUGCCCUGCACCAAAGAGGUCUUGUCCCAGAUUGUGACCAUGUAUAGGUCAGAGGUGGCAGAUUUGGAAUGCACAUCAUCUGUUGCAGAGGGUUCCUCUUACAACUCCCUUGAAGUCUGUGGCUUUUUGGACAGUGUCAUGUCUUAUCUAGAAGACAUGCCUGUGUCUGGUUCUUCAUGGUUGGAAGGAUUAAGAGAUACUCCAGCCUCAGUCAUUGAGAAACUCUCCAGUGAGGAGUUCCAGAUGAACGCUACCAACGAAGUGCGAAAAAUACUGAUCAAAUCAGUCAGUAGCUUUCCCAGCAAAGUCAGUUCCAGCCAGACAGAUUCUCAGAUGUUGCCAGCAAAAUCAACAAUUUCCUUAAGGCAUACAGAUAUAACUGCUUUUGAAAUCGUUGGAUCAAUUACAAAUGACAUGAAGAGCCUUUUCCCACCCACAGAGUCUUCUACUACUCUAUGGCAGGCAGACUCUAUGCUUCAACAGAGUGAUGAGAAAACCUCAGAGUACACUGAGGCCACACCCAAAGAAAGAGCUGUCAAAAUCUGA